CAAGCGAUGCCGCUGCUGGUCAAUGGGGAGAGGAUCGAUGUGUCCCAGCCCACGGGGGAGCUGAUCGACCCCUACCCGGAGCUGGAGGAGCAAGCCAAGCGGGUCAGAAGCCAGCCUGCUCAAACAGUGGGCCCCAAAGGACUCCUCUACGUCCAGCAACGAGAGUUCGCGGCGACCACUCCUAAAGAUGGUUCCAUUUCUAUUCUUGGGUCGGAUGAUGCAACCACCUGCCACUUAGUGGUACUUCGACACACAGGUAGUGGGGCCAUCUGUCUCACUCACUGUGACGGAUCGGAUACAGAAACCGAAGUUUUGUUGAUGACGAAUGCAGUAAAAGUGCUUUCUCCAAACAUAGAAUGUGGAAGGUUGGAAGUACACCUGGUUGGAGGUUUCAGUGAUGACAGGCACUUAUCCCAGCAAAUUACUAGUCAACUCCUUAGAGCCUUUGACCGCUUGCAGGAGAGCAUCCAUUUAGUGACUUUCUGUGUGACAGAGUUGAAUGACCGGCAGGAAAAUGGCAACCACUUUCCAGUUGUUUAUGGAAUCGCUGCAAACGUUAAAACCGGCGAGAUUUUCCACGCGACAUUUCCGGACAGGGGACCCGAUGAGGAUUUGCGGGCUGCCAGCACCUUCACAGGAGCAAAGAUGGUUAACAUUUAUGACUCGAGAAAGGAGCAACUUUGUAUUGGGCCGUACUUCUGGAUGCCUUUCCGCCAAGUGGAUUUCUGGCUGGAGCAGGAUGAUCAGUACAUAUUGCAGAAUUUCUCCACGUCGCCUCGUGCUGAACCGCCUCAUUUUGUUUCCCAUAUCAGAGCUACCUUGAUGUAUUUAAAAGAGCACCCCUUCCCCGAUAAGGCCCUGUUCCCUAGCAGGAAACCACGGCUGUACAAGAAAAACGCCGAUGGCCUAUGGGAGAAGGCUUCUUCUGACCAGAUCUGACCGGAAGAGGAGAAACCGAGAGAACUCAAGAGUGUGGAUGUGCUAAAGAAGGAGCGGCCUUCUGGGCGGCAGAGGCUGGGCUUUGACUUUAUAACCGGCUUUUUCAAGCAAACGACGUUAAUAACAGAAGUGUCCUUGUUUGCAUGGCGUCACACCCUCAAAAACUGCUCAAACAAGUGAAUACAGAAUAGGUAAGGUUUAUGAAUUUUCCUGAGUGAAAUUUGAGGUUCUCCGUAGUCGAAGGUGCACCCCCUCCUUCCUGACGCUCCCCUCCUUUUCAGGCUUUGGGGUUUUGAUUUUUUGUGGCAAGCUGUUUGGGGUUUCACUCCAGGUUGACGAUGCUCCUGGCACAAAUGUCCAUUUGUGGGUCCUGGCGGGCUUACCUAGGACAGGCAGCAGUAGUCUCGCUUUCAUUUUAAGCUCUCAGAAUGCCCCCGUUGCAUUGCUUUGGAGCAUUGUGGGAUUUUUUUUUUUAAAUGGCAGCCCAACCCAGAUUAGAGUACCAGAAGAUGUUUAAAUGGUUUGUGUGAGAUAGGUGUUAAUAUUUCAGGGCGGCACGAACAGCGGGCUUCCGGGAGAUGCCCGAUCCUGGCACUAGCCCUGAGGCGGUUACUGGACCAAGGGUCAAACAUGACACGCAAGUAGCAGGUCUGCUUUUUUAAGCUCCCACCCCCACCCCUUCAGAGCUCCAUGCUCCUGCAAGGAGAAAAAAUAGUUUCAACUAGCAGAUGAAGGGUAGACGGUUUGGGGUGUGUGCAUUUGCUUGGCUUGCCUGCCUACGUCAGGCCCCCUCGACAAGUGUCCAAAAGAAGCAUGGGGGACAAAAAAUAGAAAAAGAAAAUGCUGGUUUGCAAGCUAAUUUUGACCCUUUUGGCACUCUGUAGCAGCUCCGGAUGCCAUUUUGUUUUUAAUGCUUUUUUUGUCCUCUGAAUUUAAGGGGGGUGGCAGAGGCCUCGCUGGGGGGUGGGGGGGCACACGUCACCCACCCCUGCUGUACACCAUACUUAACCCAUUUCUGAGGACUUUUGUAUUUCUCUUCAGUGAAAUGGGCAGCUUUGUUUGUGCGAAGGGAUGCAUGCACCAACCUGGCCCUUCUAUUGUAGGAAACCACUUCUCACUUUCUUGAGUAUUACCUUAAUCUUAAUUUUAGUCAAGGCUUAUGAAACAAUAUGGUACAAGUCCCCCAGGAAGUAAGUUUUUUUAAAGCAGAAGCGUCAGUGCAGCAAAUGGGUGCUACGUAAGGGGACAUACACACACCUUGACUUUUUUAAAAAAAAUAUCAGCCACUAAUCAAGUAAAAACUAACCUUAAAAGCAUUUCAUUUUGCUAUGCUCGUGUGAUUUAAAAACUUAAGCUUAACUUUUCAUUUAAUGCUGUUUUGUCGGUGUUGGAUUCUAUGAUUUGCUGAUGUACAAAUGAAAUAAUUAAAAGGAUGAUGGUAAAGGACAGUGAAUUAGGGAUCAUUGCCACCUCUUUCCCUGUAUGGAAGACAAGUUGACCACUGUGUCUUCCUGCUUAAUAAAUGUUGGACCAGUUUACUCGUUAAUUUACAUGUGUUACGAUUGUGGAGAUGGAAAGUGUGUGUGUGAGAACGCAACAGCGUGGAUAACUGAAGGAGUCUUGACUCCACAAUUAAAGAAUUUCCCCUUGGCCACUGUCACCUUGAUCUCUCUCCACACCAUGGUUGGCCUGUGUUUUUUUCUGACUAAUACACACAUACAUGCACUCACACACGCUUUUAUAUGCUGUAUAAAUUGGAUUUUUAUUUUUUGUUAGAUAUUAAGCCUAGGGUAGAUGUCCCAUAAGCAUAUCAGUUAUAGACUAAGAAUUAUCAUUA